AUGGAAAUCAAAAAGAUAACCUUAGCAAAUAUCAACGACAUUGAAAAUGAAAAAAAUGUAGACACGCUAAGCAUGAUUACAAAAAAUGAACUGAGAUUAACAAGUAUUAGAAAUGAAAAGGAUACUAAGAUAAAAAACAUAAAAUUUGAGGAUUCUUUAACAAUAAACGAUGAGCAAAUAAAAGUAAAAGAAGCUGUUUUUAUACUACAAAAUAUGGAAACUUUUAAUUAUUCUAUUACUUAUAUCGAAAUACAAAAUAUACGAAAUGAUUUAAGAUUAUUUGCUAUUAACAAUUACAAUGAUAAAAAAUAUUCAGAUUGUUUAAUCCAAGCUAUUCAUUCUUAUAUGAUAGCAAAAAAAUAUUACUCGAAACAUUUUGGUUUUUAUAUAACUGGUGAUAUGAGUACAGAAUUAAUUUUAAUAUGUAAAUGUUAUGUAUUAAUAGAAAAAUAUGAAGAAGGCAAAAAGUAUUUAAAUGAAUUAAAAUUUUUAAUUGACAAUACAUUAUUAUAUACACACAAAAAAGAAUUGUUAAAUGAACAAUCUACUGAAAUUAAUAAAGCUAAAAAUUUAGAUUCACAUUUUGAAGAACCAUAUAUAGUAUGUGAAAUACAAGUCUUAUCAAAUUUACUUUAUAUUUUUUCUGAUUUAUUAAGCCAAUAUAAACAAAAUGAAGAAGCAGAAAAUUAUUAUUUAAAAUAUUUAUAUGUUGUAGAAAAAAUUUUUAAUUCUGAUAGUUUAAAUUAUAGUGAUGCAUUAAAUGAUGUAUGCUCUUAUUAUAUUAAAGUAAGACACUAUGAAAAAGCUAUACCUUUAUGUGAACAAAUUUUAAAUAUAAGAAAAAAAUUUUUUGGAGAUUACAACUCUGAAACCCCAAAUGAAAUCAUUGCAGAUUGUUAUUGUAAUUUGGGAUUAUUAUUAAGACUUUCUGGAAAUCCUUUAAAUGCUUUACACAAAUAUUUAAUAGCCGUCGAUAUGAGAAUGCGAAUACAUAAAACACGACAAACUAUUCAAGUUCAAAAUAUUUUGUUUUCUUUUGCUAUUAUUAUGCAUCAACUUAAUAACUUUAAAAUAUCACUGCAAUUAUAUAAAGAAGUUUAUCAUUUUUACAAAACAUAUUAUGGCCCUCAAGAUAUCAACACAACAAUUGUUUUAAAACUAAUUGAAGAUUUAGAAAAUGAUGUUAAAAAAGAAGCUAAUAAAAAUCACGAGCAAAUAGAAAACAAGCAAAAUUUAAACAAUAACAUAAUAAAUAUUAAUGACAAUAUAAUGGAUAAAAAAACAAACAGCCAUACAUACUGGAACAAAUUUAAUGAACAAAUGAAAAAUAAUAAUAUUUUAAGCAAAUCUGAUUUAGAUCCUAAUUUAAUUGAAAAUCUUAUGAAUGAAAAGGUUUUAAUUAAACCAACUAAUAUAUCUCAUAAUAAUUUUAUUGAUAAAAGAAAAAUUAUAUCAAGAGAUGGGAAUUUUAAAUAUAACGAUUUAAGUUAUUCAAGCAUUGAUGCAUAUAAACAUAUGAAAUCUAAUAAAGAAUUUGAAAUACUAAAAAGCUCUUAUUUUCCAAUUUCAUCUAUUAAUAGAAUUAAAUCAUUAUAUGGAGAUUCUUGGAGGAAUACAUUAAUUCCUUCUACAUACAUUUUACCCUUUGUUGAAACAAAUUUAGUAGAUAAAAAAUUAAUUAAAUUUUCUGAAUGUAAAAAUUUUCAAAAAGCUAUUAUUUAUAAAAGAAAAGUUUUACCAGUUGUUAAUGUACCAUUAAUAGAAAAAGGUUAUGUGAAAUUAGAUAAGGACCAACCUAUUAUGAUAUGUAAUGAAGAUGCGAAAACUUUAUUAAAUGAAUGGAAUGUUAAAGAGCCUUUUGUAGAUCCAAAGGGAAAUGUAUUUAGUAAAUAUGAAAAUAUGGGUCAAGAAUUUAAUAUGUUUAUACCUAUUUUAGAUGAAAAUAAUCAGGUUAUGCUUGGAUUUUAUGAUACACCAUUAUAUGUACCAAAUCCUGCUAUUUAUCAUUGUAUUAUUUUAGAUGACCCAUAUUAUUUUCAUAGAUAUAAUCGUGAUAAUGAUUUAUAUUUAAUCGAUAAUUUAAAUAAAAAGAAUAAAUAUUCGGUGGUAGUAAAUCAUCGUAAUGUGGAUUCAAACGAAAAUAAGUUUAAUUCUACUAACAAAGACGAAUUUUCUGAUAAUAAAAAUAAAAGCCAAAGUUCAUCUAAUUUAAAAGAUACAAAACUAAAUACAUCUAUUGUAAGCAAUUCAUCUACUAAUUUUUUAAAAAAUGACAAACAUGACAUCGAAAUUACUAGUGAAUUAAAAAACCUUGAAAAAAAAAGUACAUCCAAUGUCAUUUUAAAAGAAAAUAUAAGGAAUGGAAAAUCAGUAAUGGAAACGAAAAAAACAAAAUCAAAACAUAUCGAUCAAUCAUUAUCACUUAAACAAUUUCAAAAAGAAAAAAAAGAUAUACCAGUUAAAACACUUGGGCUAAACAAAGAUAAAAAAGCACAACUAAAAAUAAAGAAAUUUAAUAAAAUACAUUUAUUAAAACAAAAUAAUGGUAAUAAAUCAUUAAUAUUUUCAAAAAAUAAAUAUAUGCCUAAAAAGAAUAGGUUUAAUGAUUUAUUUUUUAGAAGUAACGAAAAAUUAAAAUUAAUCGAUCAUAAUAAUAUAAAUGAUGAUAAUAAUCAAUUAGAGAUUUCUAUCAAAAAUAUUAAAUUAAAUAAAGAACCCGUUUUAAAAUCAUCAAUAGAUUAUAAUAUUAAAAUGGAUAUCGAAAAUAAUAUUAACAAAUUAGAACAAUAUGACAUUGACAACUUGAAGAGGGAAAUAUAUUAUGAAAACGAUUCAAAAAAAACGAAAAAUAUUCAUUCGAAUAAAUUAUCAUUUUUGGAGGAUGAAAGCGAAACUGUUGCUAGUUAUAGGGAAUAUAAAAAAGAUAAAUUUAUGAAUUUCACAACGAAAUAUAGACAAAAAAAUAUAAAUCAUAAUGAUAAAAAUGCAAAUAUUAAUACAAAGUAUUCUGAAAACCUUACCAAUAAUAGUAGUGGCGAUAGCAACAGUAAUAUUACAGAAUCAGAAAGCAGUGAUGAUGGUUCUUCAUCUAAUGGAGAUAAAGAUUAUGCCAUUGAUUUGCAUAAAAUCUUCAACAAUAACUUAUCAUCUAACGAUUAUUCUAGCAAUGAUUUUAGUUUGAUUCCAGGUAAUCGUGGUAGAUAUAAUAAUGGAGAAAAUAAUUUUUCUAAAUACUUAAAAAAUGAUAUAAAUAAUACACACAUUGAAAUAUAUAAUGAAAAGGAAAUAGUAUCUUCUUUUUACAAAAAUAAAAUCGGUGAUAAUAUGAUAAUGCGAAAUAAUAAACCUUACGAAAAGUCAAUACAUGAAAAUAAUUAUAAUACAAAAAACAUUAAUAAUCAAUAUGAAUCAAUAUCAAAACAAAGCAAUAUUGAGAAUAAUAAAAGUCAUAUAAAAGAAACAUUAAACAACAUUACAAAUGUAAAUAUCAAUGAUAUUUUAUUUAAAUUUGAUUUGAAUAAAAAUGAUAAUUCAUUAAAAAGUGAAAAUAUUUUAUCUGAUAGUGAUAUAACUGAUGAUGAAGUGUAUGCAGAAUCUUCCGAAAACAAUACCUACUCAAUUAGCGAACAAAAUUUGGAUAAUUCAAAAAAUAUUGAUGAACAAAUAGAAAAUAAACAAUCUUCAUCCAUAUUUAUUCAGUCCUCCUUGCCAUCUAUGCAUUCAAAUAACACAAAUUUAUUUAAUAAUAAAAGUAAAGAUAAUAAAUCAAGUUCUCAAUCAUCUCAAAAUAUAUCCUUUUAUUGUGAAACGAAUAAUAAACUAAAUAAAAAUUAUGAUGAAUUUAUACUAAGUGAAAAUGAAGAAUUUUACAAUCAUAUAAUUAUGGAAGAUUCAAAAAUUGAUGACCAAACUAUAGAAAUAACAAAUUUCCAGGAAAUCAAUAAUCAUUUGCAUAGCUAUAAACAUAAAGUUAUUAAUGAUUUAAAUAUGGAUUCAAAUAUAUAUGAUGAAAAUCAUGAUAAAUAUAAUAUUUUUAAUAAAUUACAAAAAGAAUAUAUUUAUGAACAAGAUAAUAAUCAGGCGCAUUUUGAUGAACCACUCACAAAUAGUAAUAGUCAAAGAAACACACAAAAAACAGAAAAUAUUGAUGAUAAAAGUAAUAAUAGUUCUGUUGUUUGUGGUGUUGAUAAUACUAUUGAUGCACAUACAGAUAUUUUAUUCUUAAGAAAUAAUUCAAUAGAAGAGUUGGAUUCAAAUUUAAUAACUAAUAAAUAUGAAUCAAUUUCUAUGAUUGAUGAAACUAAAAGUGAUUACAUCGAAAAUAAAAGUAAUUAUAUCGAAAAUAAAAGUAAUUAUAUCGAAAAUAAAAGUGUUAAUAGCAUUAAUAUAUCGAUGGAUUAUAUAAAUAUUGAAAAUACACGUGAACAUAAAGAUAAUAAAAUUUCAUCAAAUCGUUUUACUCAAUUAGAUAACGAAUUCGAUACGAUAUUUUCUAGUAAUGACAUUUCAUACCAUGAUAAAAAAACAAAUAUAAACAAUUUGUAUACACAUAAUAAUAAAAAUAAUUUAAUAACUGAAAAAACGAAAAAAGAAGUAGAAUCUUAUAAGAAUAUAACCAAUAAUACAAAAAAUAAUCAUAGUAUAUAUAACAAUUUAAUGGAAUGCGAUAUAUCUUAUUUUUCAAAUUCUAAUGAUACUAAUAAAAUUAAAAAAGAGGAAUCCCCUAAAAAUAUAAGCAAUCAUAUCAAUAGUAACAAUUUUAAUAGUGAUAAUAAUUAUGAUUAUAAAAAUGAGGGAAGGGGAGGAAGAAAACAAAACGAUGUACCCAAGGGUAAAAGAAACAAAAUUUUAAAUAUGUUUUCAUUUUUUUUAAAAAAUAAAAAAGAACGCUAUAAUAAAAGAAAAAAAAACAAAAUAAUGAAUAAUUAUGAAUGCGUUAUAGAUGUCACUAAUAAUCAAAUUAAUAGAAAUGACAAAGAUGCACUGUUAUUAAAUAGUUUUUCUAAUAACGUUUUAAUAACAAAUAUAAAUCGCCAUAAAUUAAAUGGAUCCUAUAAUACUGUUUUAAAAGAUCAAUACGUACUCUCUCAAAAAAAAAAAAAAAAAUUAGUAACCGAGUCAAUUCAUGGUAUGGAGAAACCGAGAUUAAAUAUAAAAUCUAAAUUUUUAGCUUUGAAAAAAAUAAAUACCGUCAAAAAUAGUCUGAUUAAUAAAAAUAGUUCUAUUGAAAAGAAUAAUACAAUAGUAAAAAAUAAUGACGAAAAACAUGAAAAAAAAAAUAAUUUCAUCAUGAAAAAUCCAUCACAGAAUUAUGAAAAGGGAGAUAAUGAUGGUUCAAGCGUAAAAGAAAAAAAUGUUAAAGAACAAAAUGGUAAAGAACACCUCGAAAAAGUGCAAGAUACAGAUACAAAAAAAGAUGACACAUCGCAAUCUGAAGAAUCUGACAUUAAAAAAAUAGAAAAAAAAGAUACGCAAAAUGAAGAGAAAAUUUCAAUACCCCCCAAAAAUACACCUAUUUUGGUAAAAAAUAAUAAUACAGUAGUUAUUCCAAAAAAAUUAGUGAUAAAAAAAAUAGUUCCAAAAAUUUCAUUAAACAAAGCCAGUAAAGAAAAUGAAAAUACUGUUUCAAAUACGUCAAAAAGUAUCCAAAAUAGUGCCACAUCUACUACUAAUACUAGUGAUAAAAAUCAACAAACAAAAGUAAUAAAACAAAUAAAUGAUGUAUUGCCAUUUAAUAUAUUACGAAAAGUGAAAUAUUGUAAAAUUGGAUCUGAACCAGAUGAUAUUUUCGGUACUUUACCAACUGUUCAUUUAUUAAAUGCCGAAAAAAGUGUUUUAGCAAUUGUACCUUGGCAAUUAGAUUUAACCUCCUUCUCUUUAGCUAAAUCUUCUAUUGAAGAAGAAACAAUUAAGAAAAUUGGUUUACUUCAUAAAGAAUUGAAAGUUUCUAUUGAUGAUAGGAAAAAAUUGAUAGAAAAAGAAACAAAACUUUUAACAGGAGAAGGAUUAAAAGAAUUAGGGCUCACAACAAAUUCUACAGAUGCAAUAGCUUCUGUGUCAGGUAUAAAUCUUUUAUCUGGCAUUGAUUUAGAAAUGCUAAAAAAAUCAUAUAAAAUUGAAAAAACUGAGGUUAUAGAAAAUAAUCAAAAAUCAGUAGAAAAGGCAAAAAGUGUUCCCAUAAAAAAGGAGGCAUCAAAAACGACACCAAAAGGAAAAGGAGGAAAAAAAGGAGCCCCAAAAUUUAUGAAAGGUCCUCCAAAAGGUGCCCAAGGUGGGGCUGUUGUUGGAAAAAGUAAAUUUAGUAUUAAAAAAAAUCAAGCAAAGGAUGAUGGAAAAACAAAAAGAUUUUUCUGGGAAGCUUUAUUUGAAAAUGAUAUACCAGGAACACUAUUUGAAGAUAAAAAAAAUUUAAUAACAAAAAUUGAAAUAGAAAAAGAAAGUGUUGAAAAAUGUUUCACAAAGAUUGUUGCUAAAAAAGAAGGGGGAACCGAGUUAAAAAUUAAAAAACCAAAAGUUAUACAAUUAUUGCCAGAUUCAAAAAGAGAAUAUAAUAUGUCCAUUGCUUUAUCUAAAUUUAAUAAUUAUACAUUUAAAGAAAUAAGAGAUGCAAUUAUGGAUUUAAAUCCUAGUGUACUUAAUAUAGAUAAUACAGAAGUAUUAAUGCAAUAUGUACCAACACCAGAAGAAUUUGAAAUUGUUAAAGAAUACAUUUGUUCUAAUGGUGAUUUAAAUUUAGUUGACAAACCUGAACAAUAUAUAGCAGCAUUAACGGGUGUACCUUUAUUAAAACAAAGAUUAGAAUCUCACUAUUUUGCUUUAGCAUUUAAAGAAAAUUAUGAAAAUACUUUAAAUCCAUUAGAAAAUAUAUUAGAAUCAUGUGAAGCAAUAAAAGGAUCAACAAAACUUUUUACUAUUCUAUUUACCAUCUUAAAUGUAGGUAACACAUUAAAUUAUGGUGACCCACAAAGAGGUAAUGCUUUCGGAUUUAAAUUAACAACAUUAGCUAAAUUAAAUGAUAUAAGAUCAAGUACUAAACCUGUUAAAACACUUAUGCAAUAUAUAUGUGAAGUUAUUUAUGAAAAAAGCCCAGAAACAUUGCAAAUAAUUGAUGAAUUAAGAUGUAUUGAAAAUGUAGUCAGAACAGAUAAACAAAUAAUUGAUUCUCUUUUACAAAAAUUAAAAGUGGGUUCUACAAAAAUUAAAAAUGUUAUAGAACUGGCUAAAAAAAACCCAGAAGAUCCAUUAUAUGAUGCACUUAAUGAAUUUUAUUGUAGCGUAGAACCAAAAAUUGAAGAACUCGAACAUUUUUAUAAUCAAACACUUUCGGUAUUCAAAGAUAUUGCAUUAUAUUUAGGUUAUAAAGAAAAAGAAGUAGCUAAUGUACAAAUACAAGAUUUGUUUAAAGAACUUUGGAAAUUUGUUCAAUCUGUUGAAUUUAAUAGAAAAACAAUUAGUGAAAAUGCUCUAAAGGAACUUAAGAAAAAAGAAAAACAAUUGGAAAAUGAAAAAAAAGGAGCAGUUCUCAGCAAAAAGCAAAACUUUACUAUAGUUAAAAAAACUCAAAAGGACCCAGUUGAAAACACUGAAAAGAAAUCUUUCAAAAUAUUUUAA